GUGCAAAGGGGGAGCCGAAGGGAGGGAGCGCUGUGCGCCGCGCUCGGCCAGCGGAACUGCCGCUCUUGCCCUGCGGGAGGAAGUCCCAGGCAGUAGGAAACUCAGGGCGCCGCUGCAAUGGCGGACAGGAUGGGAACAACGGAGGAAGAAAGGGAGAAUUUGCGGCGCUGGGAGCGUCAGCAAAUCCAGAUGAAAGAAGAUGUGAUUGAACAAGACACAGAGGAAUGGCAGAGCAACUUCUCCUUUACUGGACUGAGAAGAGUUGGAGGAAUGGAUUUGUCUUAUCUCAAAGAUGCCACACGUGCCUGUGCUUCAUUGGUGGUGCUCAGCUACCCAGACCUUGAGGUCCUCUACAAUGACUGCUCUGUGGUGGCUGUGAAUGCCCCCUAUGUGGCAGGAUUCCUGGCUUUCCGAGAAGUCCCUUUUCUACUGGAGGCUGUGCAGCGGCUGGAGACACAAGAGCCUAGCCUCAUGCCCCAGGUGCUUCUUGUCGAUGGAAAUGGCAUCCUGCACCACAGAGGUUUUGGCAUCGCCUGCCAUCUUGGUGUGCUCACCAGUCUUCCCUGUGUUGGUGUAGCCAAAAAUCUCUUGCAGGUUGACGGUUUGGCCAAUGAUGAGCUUCACAAGAAACAAAUCCGAGAUCUUCAGGCUGGAGGAGAUGCGUUCUCACUCUCAAAUACCUCUGGGAAAAUCUUGGGUAUGGCCUUGCGCAGCUGUGCCAAGAGUACCAAACCUGUGUAUAUUUCAGUAGGCCACAAGAUAAGCCUUCUAUCAGCUGUGCGCCUGGUCCGCUCUUGUUGCAAGUAUCGGAUUCCUGAGCCUAUCCGGCAGGCAGAUAUAAGAUCCAGAGAAUACAUCCGGAAACAUUUGGAGGUCAACUUUGCAGUACCCCCUCCUCAGCCAGAGAGAGGCCGAGGUCUAAAAAGUGCCAGAUUGGGGGAAGCUGACAAAGAUGAAGGCAAGUCCUGAGUUUGCUCAAACCCCUUACUCGCUCUGACCGCUGGCAUGAUCAACCUCUGCCGCCUCCUCCCAUCAUGAUUGACGGGCAACAACACUUUGAAGUAAAAGAAAUUCUUGACUCUCGCCGGCUUCGCAACACACUGCAGUACCUGGUUCGCUGGAAACAUUUCCCCCACCCGGAAUGGGCGGCCACUCACGAUGUGACUUCCCCUAUUCUUGUUCGUCAUUUCCAUAAUGCUUACCCCUCCAAACUGGGUCCAUAAAUUUAUUUUUGGGGGGGGGGAGCAGUAUGUCAUGUUCACCGUUUCAAUGUGCUUGGUACAUCGUAACAUUUCGCAUGUCAUUUGCCUGAUACGGGUUUGGUCUCGGGAGAGAGGAAGAUUCCUGGUCAGGGAGUUAUCUGUUGGCCGUUGGGUUGGAAUGUGUGGGUUAUCUCAUGUGUUCAAGGUUGCUUUCCCAGGAUGUGUGGAAAACGGUUACCAGCACCUGGGAGGGGGGUGGUUGCUAUGGCUGGUAGGGGGGAGGGAUUACGUUUGGAGCCGAGGGUUUUUAGUUUGUAUUUGGCGCGCUUUUAGUCAUUCUCAGCUUUCUCUGUAACUGUCAUAAUUUCCCUAAUAAAUCAGAUUUCAUUUAAGUAACCUCUUGUGAGUCUGAGUGUUUGGGAUAGGCAACCAUUACACCUUCCUAUCUGUCCCAAGCAAGUGCUACCCGGAGAUCAAAGACAAUCAAAACAGCUCUUUUAAGGGUACUUUCAUCCAGGGAUUUGCCACUUGCCUUAGUAGUAAUCUAAGGCAGUGAUGGUGGUAGACAGGGUUCCCCUGUCAGUAAUAGCUGACAGAUUACUUCCUGCAGGGCAGAGAAUCUUGGGCUAAUUCCUCAGGAAGGAUUUUCUCCUGCCAUCUGCUCCAUUCCAUAUCCUGAAGUUUCCAUUCAGUGCAGUGAAAAUCCUGAAACCUAGGACAGCCUCCCCCAACUUGGUCCCUUCCAGAUGUGCUGGCUGGGAAUUCUGGGAGUUGUAGGCCAACACAUCUGGAAGGGACCAAAUCAUUAUGUGUGAGCUUGAUGGUCAUAGGCUUGGACUGAUCCCUUUCAGCAAAAAAUACAUUUCCUAACAUUACAUUAGAUCUUGACUGGAGACACUGAACACCGACUAUGGUACCUGGUUUGUAAUGAUUGUGAAAUGCUGUUUUGUAUUUAUUUCAUAUUUGUAUACUGCACACUCCUAGUAAAGCCAGCUUGUGGCAGUGCAUGUGCAUCUAUGAGGAUGGGGAGUAUUUACUGGUUUUAAUAAUUUGAAUAGUGUGAAUUAUUCACAACAAUUUGUUCAAUUUGCCUGCCAUGAAACAGAUGCUGGUUAAACCUAUUAUGGAGAUAGAAAAGAGGUGGGUUAUCCCUGAAAUCACAGGUCCCUAAAUACUCAGUAUUCCUUUUUCCCAUUCUAGCCAAAAGGAUGUCUGAAGAGGCACAGGUUGUUCUGCUGCCUUACUGUCCAUCCCUGUGUUGUGCCCCUCGGCCUGGAACGGUCCCAAGAUUUUGGAAAGACUGCUGAUGCAGUGGUAGAGCCGGGCAGCUGCUAGCUCUCAAAUCUGUGCCAUCACAGCCCACUUCUUGUCUUUCCCAAGAGCAGGUACUCACAAGUGCCAAAAAUAAGUAGCUUGUUUCUAGGUUACACACUCCAAGUGUUCUGAUUUCAGAGAUGGAUUAAGUUGUUUCAGGGCUUCUGUUCUUUAGUGCCAUCUUACUGUUUUGCACCAUCAACUGUGCAACAGCUUCACAAUAGAGAGGAGUGUGUAUAGAUUAGCACAACUUUGUUCAGGCCAGUGAUAAUGCUAGUGAAGGAGUUAAACCUGUUUACUGAGAAGGAAAUCCUCCUGAGUUCAGUGGCACUUAUUAGAAAGUCAGCUGGCUGCAGGCUGCAGCUUCUCUUCCCCUAGGUAUUAUAGCGUCCACCUAGAAGUGCAGAAACCUGCUGUAGAAACACUUUCUGUCGAUAAACAAUCUCCAAAAACUGCCUUCCUGGAGAUACUGAAAACAUUGCUCAAAUAAGCUAAUUAAUUAGUUACCAGCGAGUCUGUUAAUGAGCUUUUCAAAAUUCCCUGCAUUUGUUGGCAGCCUUAAGAAUUUUUAUUCUCCUACCCCUCUCCAGGAUAAAUGAAGACACAGACUCUGAACAUCAAUGGGGCAUCAAGAAUGUGGUUCAGGACCUCUUUCUAUAAAUCAUGGCCCAGAUGUGUAGCUUGUGUGCUGCUCCUGGUGAUGACCCUUUCCUGACGUGCAGUGAUAGUACACAAGAAAGCAUUGGUGGGAGCCAGUUGAAGGAUGGGCCCCUCGGUGUACAGACCUUCAGUCCUCGCUCAAGGCUGUUUCCCUCACUGUGUGACAGGAAACUGGUCUUUGUUUCUUGGUAUAAAUGGAAGACCAGCUGAGAAGUGAUCUGAUUUGUGUGGAAAUAAACCCCACCCCAAACAUGUGCACACCACUUGGACUGGAGGCCAUCGGGCGGGAGGAAUUGUUCCCCCCACCAGAAUCCAGUCUUUUUUCCGAAGCUGCUGUUUGCCCUUCAGAGCAAGCCCUAAUUGACACCUAGGGAGGUUUUGCUUAGGGGCAGAUGCCUGGAAUGCAAGUAGCCAGAUCUUUUUCCUGAGACCAAUGAGAGGAAAGAGAGAUGAGGUUUUUUCUCUUCUACACAUUAUACUGUCAUGCUCAGCUUUUAUUUGGGCUUCAGCUGGCAGCUGUAUCAAACAAGCUCUCCAAAGCACCUAUCUGUAUGAUGCAAGUGUGUGUGUGCUU